CUGCGGAAGUCUUCAGCCAUGCUCAAAAUAUACACUCACGGCUGUUAUAACUAAAUAACAUCGUUUGAAAUAAUUUAACUCGGGGUUUUUUUUUUCGAGCAAGGGACACACAGGGUUGCGACAUCACAGACGCUAGUGAUGAAACUGAAAGAGUUAGAAAGUUGUUUACAGCAAGUGGACACAUUUGAAGAGCCAAAAAUCCUUCUUGAGCAAUAUCCAACCAGUCCUCAUAUUGCAGCAUGUAUGCUUUACACAAUCCAGAGUACAUUUGAUGACAUUGAGGGUAAACUAGUGGCAGAUCUGGGAUGUGGCUGUGGCGUCCUCAGCAUCGGGGCUGCGAUGCUUGAUGCAGGUUUGUGCGUUGGCUUCGACAUCGACGACGACGCACUGGACAUAUUCAGAAGAAAUGCGGAGGAAUUUGAGAUUUCUAACGUGGAUCUGAUCCAAUGUGACCUGUGUUCUCUGGAGCCAGAAGCUUUUGCCAAAAAGUUUGACACUGUAAUAAUGAAUCCGCCAUUUGGGACAAAACACAACCAAGGGAUGGACAUGAAGUUCCUAAGGGCCGCAUUAACAAUGGCAAAGACAGCGGUGUACUCACUUCAUAAAACAUCAACGCGAGAGCACAUACAAAAGAAGGCUAAUGACUGGGGAGUGAAGAUGGAAGUAAUAGCAGAACUAAGAUAUGACUUGCCAGCAUCCUACAAGUUCCACAAAAAGAAAUCGGUUGACAUCCAGGUGGACUUCCUACGAUUCUCCAAAACCUGAAGCUUUCACUGGAAUGGAUUUAAGUUGUCUCUGCAUUUUCACUCUUUA